UUUAGUGUAGGAAUGCCUUCAGAGCCUCUGAUUUUAUUUUCCACCAAGGCCUGAUAGGUCUGGCUGUUUCUCUCCAGGCACGGAGUAUUGGGGUGUGCCACCUCCCCCUUUGGGACCACCUUGGGUUGCCCUCUUAACAAAGUUGGACUUACCAAGGAGCAGUCAUCUUGGAUUGUAUAAUUUGAAUGAGCCAAGGACCAGAGUGAGGGCAGCACAAACUACUCAGCCAGAAUGUCUUCAGAGGUGGAGACCUCGGAGGGGGUAGAUGAGUCAGAGAAGAACUCCAUGGCACCAAAGGAAAACCAUACCAAAAUGGCAGACCUUUCUGAGCUCCUGAAGGAAGGUACCAAGGAAGCACAUGACCGGGCAGAAAAUACCCAGUUUGUCAAAGACUUCUUGAAAGGAAACAUUAAGAAGGAGCUAUUUAAGCUGGCCACCACUGCACUUUACUUCACAUAUUCAGCCCUUGAGGAGGAAAUGGAUCGCAACAAGGACCACCCAGCCUUUGCCCCCUUAUAUUUCCCCACGGAGCUACAUCGGAAGGAAGCACUGAUCAAGGACAUGGAGUAUUUCUUUGGUGAAAACUGGGAGGAGCAGGUGAAGUGCUCUGAGGCUGCCCAGAAGUAUGUGGAUCGGAUUCACUAUGUAGGGCAAAAUGAGCCAGAGCUGCUGGUGGCCCACGCUUACACUCGUUACAUGGGGGACCUUUCGGGAGGCCAGGUGCUGAAGAAGGUGGCCCAGAGGGCACUAAAACUCCCCAGUACUGGGGAAGGGACCCAAUUCUACCUGUUUGAGCAUGUGGACAAUGCCCAGCAAUUCAAGCAGUUCUACCGCGCCAGAAUGAAUGCCUUGGACCUGAAUUUGAAGACCAAAGAGAGGAUUGUGGAGGAAGCCAACAAAGCCUUUGAAUAUAAUAUGCAGAUAUUCAGUGAACUGGACCAGACUGGCUCCAUGCUAGCAAGAGAAACCCUGGAGGAUGGGCUCCCAGUACAUGAUGGGAAGGGAGAUGUACGUAAAUGCCCCUUUUAUGCUGCUCAGCCAGACAAAGGUACCCUAGGAGGCAGCAACUGCCCCUUCCGGACAACCAUGGCUGUGCUGAGGAAGCCUAGCCUGCAGCUCAUUCUAGCUGCCAGUGUGGCCUUGCUAGCUGGACUCUUGGCCUGGUACUACAUGUGAAGGACCUGUCAUGUUGUUUGCAUCCUACCCCAAGUGACCUGUUCCUUCCCCAUCUCCACCUCUGCCUAAAACUACCACCUCAGGUGACUUUUUUAAUGCUGGGUUUGAGAAAACAAGCAACCAAUAAAAGCCAGACAUUAGAGCCUC